AUCCAGCACACCAUAAUACCAUCACGAUUCAUUCACCCCCAAGAAGAAUCCACAACAUUUCUCAAGAAAAGACUAAAACUGCCCCUUGCAAAAUAACUAUCACUCCACAUAAAUCAUGUGAAAUCGGUUUGAUUCUCCGAUAUGUCCCCUCCAAACCUUCCAAAAGGCACCUUGAAAUCCGAUCAUCCCAUCUAUCAUCGUGGACUUGUGAACUUCUAUACAUAUAACCAAUACAUAUACCUACAAACCCAGGUAUACCUACAUGAUUAAAAUGAAGCCGUGACCCAGUUCUCCACAGGUAUUCAUCUCCAUCUAAACAUCAUUCACAAAACCCAUCCAUACAAAUAAACCUCUCAAAUCCCUCACUCUUCGCUGUCCCACGAACUCCUCAGUUGAUCUGCCAUACUUACCUCCUUUUUCUUUCUUUCCACCUACCUACCUACCUACCUACCCACCCACCGAGUCUGCUUGACGGAACCGACUCUCUCACGUCCUACAUUUCUCGUUCCCCAAAAAAUUCCCACUUAAAUUUCCCCCGCCAUCAGCUCUUCACCGCACUUUUUUGGCGGUAAAGAAGUAGCUUGCUUGCUUGCUUGCUUGCUUGCCUACUCAGGGAAUCUACUUCUUAUUCUUUUCACAAGCCAAAAAAUCCAUUCACUUCUUUUUCAAAUCUCCUUUACGAUACCAAAUUACCAAAAAUAAGAAGCUGGUCUUCUCUUUCUCUCUCAAAUAUAUACCCAUAUUAUACGUUCAAAAAUGGCUCCUCCCAUCACAGAAACCGUUACCAUUAUCAAUAAAUCGGGGAAAGUAGUCAGCACUGGCAAACAACUCGUAAACAUCUUCAAAGAUGCCAAAGCCGCUUAUCAAGAAAAGAAAGCUCAAUUGAGAGAAGAACAUUAUCUUCGAGAAGAAGCACGUACAUACCGAGCACAGAGACGUCUCAACGAAGCUCGCUAUGAAAUUGAAGAGGCACGAGGAGGAGGAGAUGAUGAUGCUCAAUCGAUAGCUUCGAGAAGAUCUCAUAGAUCUCAUCGUUCACAUCGUUCCCAUUCUUCUCGUCAGGAACCAAGAGAUGCUUCUCGUCCUCCUCUUACCAUCAAUAAUUAUGAGGAAUUCCCGGAUAUGCAAAGUUUGGCCAGUGGCCGCUCCCAUCGUUCUCAUCGUUCCCAUACGAGAACUCGCCAGGAAUUCAAUUUCGAUGAUUUGGAUGAGGAAGAAGAUAUGCAAAGUCUCGCAAGCAAACGUUCGCAUCGAUCUCAUCGAUCGAAACGGAGUCGCUCGGUGCACGGUUCUAAAUCUCCUACUCAAUAUGAGCCUACAGAAACCCAUUACGAAGACCCCGAAGAGGGAUUUUAUGAUGAUCCCCCUCUAGCCAUUUAUCGUCAACCAUUUGCCGAAACGGAAUUGAGUCUCGCGAGGAGAAAAACAGAAAAGGAAGCUGCUCCUCCCAUGCCAGGACAUCUUGUAAGGAGAGAAACAGCUCCGGCUACGUAUACAAGCGGACCACUGGUCCCACGUGCAACUUCCGUGCCUGAUCUUCAUGAUGACUCAAUCGAUAUGGAUUUGGCAUAUGGAGAUGCCCAUCACUUUGAAUCCGACCCGGAGCCAGAAUACGAAGAGCCAAUCGCCCCACAACAACUCCCCGCGGAACUCGACGAAACAAUGAGUAAACUCGAUACUCUCCUCAUCGAAGCCCAAUGUCUUCACCACACCGCCACAGCCAUCAUGUCGAAUCUCCAAGCCAACCCCGAAGCCAUGGCCGCCGUAGCUCUCACCCUCGCCGAGCUUUCCUCUCUCCUCACCAAAAUGUCUCCCUCCAUUCUCCCCAUGCUCAAAGCCAGUUCCCCCGCCAUCUUCGCGCUCCUCGCAUCUCCCCAAUUUCUCAUCGCCGGUGGUGUCGCUCUAGGCGUUACAGUCGUCAUGUUCAACGGAUUCAAAAUCAUCAAGAAACUCCAAGCUACUCCCGAAAAGCCUCUCGAAGCUCCCAUGGCCAUGCAAGCCCUCCCUGCUACCCCCAACUAUCCCGACACCCCCGGAUUCAUGGAACCCCAAGACAUGCAUCAUGAAUACGAAGAAGCGAUGCCCUACGAAUCUUACGAGGAAGAACUAAGCAGCAUCGACAUCUGGCGUCGUGGUAUCGCCGACGCAGAAAUAGAAAGUGUAGGCACAAGUGUAGAUGGCGAAUACAUUACCCCCACCGCAGCACGACAAAAGGAAAGUCGCCACGCAGAUCGAAUCCGUCAACGAGCUGCCGAGGAAAGAAUCGACGAGAGUGAGGAAGAAGAAGAAGAAAAGAGAAGUAUUAUGAGUCGCUUGACGAGUAAAUCCCGUCGUUCCAAAACUCUUCCUGUUAGAGGUAGUCCUUCCCAAUACGAACCUUCCGUCAAACCUAAAGAUGACGAUAUUGAAUCUGUUCGUACUUCUCGCACGAAGACGUCGAAAUCGACAAAAUCUUCCAAGAGUCAUCGAUCGAGUCGCUCGAAGAAAGAUGAUGAUAAUGCAUCGCUUGCUUCUGAGCGAACGGAACGGAUAGAGAAAGAAGAGAAAGAACCAAAGGAAAAGAAAAAGAAGACGCCUUUGAGUAUUUUUAGAAGUAAGACGGAGAAGAGUACGAGUUUUAAGGGAAAGGAGAAGGAGAGUAAGAAAAUGGGUCAUCAUCCGCUUUUACUGGAGCUUUGAGGGUCGAGAUGAGCUGAGCUUGAGUUUCUUCAUGGCUUGGUUAGGGUUUUGGUUUUGGUGUUGGGGUUGAGGUUGAGGUUCUUGAGGAUUUGCGUAGCUCAUCCUAUCUACCUUGACCUACCUCAGAUCAAACGCACACAACAAUCUUCACAAAUCGAACCUCACUUUUUUCUUUCUCUUUCAUUGCUUCCUCUUCGCUUAGCGGGUUUACUGUCAAUCAGUCAGUCGGUCGGUCGGUUAUUUUUAUGCUUCGGUAGCUUUUGACGAGUACUUCAACUCAACUCAUUCCCUCACUUCUCUUCAUUUCCCCCUCCAUCGAUCUUCGGAUCAAGGGGGGAGUCUUUUAUGAUUUCAUGGAUUUACGUAUGGAUGGAUGGAUGGAUGAUGUUUUUUAAUAAGGAACAAUGAAAAAAAAAGAUAUUCAGAUAUCGAGAUGAAAAUGAAGAUGGAAAUGAAGAUGGAAAUGAGAAUGAGAAUGAGAAUGAGAAUGAGAAUGAGAAUGAGAAUGAGAAUG